CGCAAAAUAGUUGCAUCAUUUUGCAAUCAUGAGUAAGAACAUUGUGCUUCUCCCUGGUGAUCACGUGGGCCCCGAGGUUGUUGCGGAGGCCGUCAAGGUUCUCGAGGCUGUCUCGUCGGCAAUCGGCGUUAAGUUCAACUUUUCCAAGCACCUGAUCGGCGGUGCCUCGAUCGAUGCUUAUGGGGUGCCAUUGUCCGACGAGGCCCUCGAAGCCGCCAAGAAGGCUGACGCCGUUUUGCUUGGAGCCGUCGGAGGACCUAAGUGGGGAACCGGCUCCGUGCGUCCUGAGCAGGAUCUGUUGAAGAUCAGAAAAGAGCUCAACUUGUACGCGAACCUGCGUCCAUGCAGUUUUGCUUCCGACGCUCUUCUGAAGCUAUCUCCACUGAAAUCAGAAAUCGUCAAGGGCACUGACUUUGUUGUUGUGCGUGAGUUGGUUGGUGGAAUCUACUUUGGUGACCGCAAGGAGGAUGCCGGCGACGGAGUUGCCAGCGACACUGAGAGCUAUUCUGUUCCAGAGGUGCAGAGAAUCACGAGAAUGGCGGCCUUUUUGGCGCUGCAGAGCGACCCACCGCUGCCACUGUGGUCGCUGGACAAAGCCAACGUGCUUGCAUCCUCGCGUUUGUGGCGGAAGACUGUUGAGGAGACCAUCAAGAACGAGUUCCCGCAGCUGACGGUGCAGCACCAGCUGAUCGACUCGGCAGCCAUGAUUUUGGUCAAGUCGCCAACGAAACUCAACGGUGUCAUUGUCACCAACAACAUGUUUGGCGACAUCAUCAGUGACGAGGCCAGUGUGAUUCCUGGGUCUCUGGGCCUGCUGCCUUCUGCCUCGUUGGCGUCUCUGCCAGACACAAACAAGGCGUUUGGUCUUUACGAGCCCUGCCACGGCUCGGCGCCAGAUUUGGGCCCGGGCAAGAUCAAUCCAUUGGCCACAAUUUUGUCUGCCGCCAUGAUGCUGAAGCUGUCGCUGGACUUGGUGGAUGCCGGCCGUGCGAUCGAGCAGGCCGUCAAGAACGUCCUGGAUGCAGGUAUCAUGACUGCCGAUUUGGGUGGAAGCUCCUCAACACAGGAAGUUGGUGAUGCUGUUGCGCAGGAGGUGGCCAAGCUACUCAAGAACUAAAUAAGGGAGAAAAAAAAGUAGGAUCUCGAAUAAUUCCUAAAUAAUCCCAAAAAUCCUAAACAC